AUGUCCCCGUUCUUGGACAGCAUCGCCACCAUCGUCGGCGUCUUCCAGCAGCACGCCCGGGGAGAUGGGGACGGCUCCGGGCUCAGCCGCAGGAGGAUGAGGGAGCUCAUCCAGAGGGAAUUCGCAGAUUCCCUGGUGAAGCCACACGACCCUCAGACCAUCGAGAAGAUCCUGCAGUUCCUGGAGUGGGAUGGGGACGGGGACAUAGAUUUUAACGAGUUCCUCCUCCUGGUGUUCCGGGUGGCCAAGUGCUGCUUCUGGUUCCAGCCGAGGGCCCCGUUCCUGGUGCAGAGGACAAAGCUCCCAACCGGAGGAAAAUCCCUCCAGGAGCCAGAAUUCAGGAGCAGAGGGAGCCGCCGGCAGCUCCAGGAGGAGGAACAAACCUGGGAGAGGAACCGUGAAGCUGAGCUGCAAGGAGACCUCAGGGUCGGGGAGGUGGAAAUCUCAGAGGAUGCAAGGAGGGAUCAGCAGGAACGUCGCACGCGGAGCAGGAAGGAUGUGGAACCACGCGGGGAGCCGAUCCCUCAGGAGUACCGGGAACGGAGCCAGGAGCCGUGCGAGCAGCGGGAGAGCCGGAGAAGGCGGCAGCCCCCGGAGCCAGACAGACGGGAGGGAGAGAGGAGAGACCGGGAGGGGCUCCGGGAGGAAGAACUGGCAGACGUGAGGACGGGCAGGCAACGCCAAGAACCCCAAGCACGGCCGGACCGGUGGAGCCGCCAGGAGCCAGGGCGUGAUGAAAGAACCCAGUGGCCACGAGGAGUAGAUGGAGAAGGUGACAAUCGGCCACGGGAACCCGAAUUGGUCCGGGAAGAGAGGAGCCGCCACCGCCGGCGUGAGCUGGAACAAAGAGAGCUGGAAGGGAGAAGCUGCCGGGCGGCUGAGCUGGAAUGUCCAGAGUCCAGGCGGCCACAUCAGUCGUACCUGGAGGAACCGAGAGGGAAGAAAGAGAUGAUCGCAGAAGAAAAGGGAGAAUGA